AUGAGAAUAAGUAGAAUAGCCCUUUUUAACUUCAAAAGCUUUUUUGAAGAAACCCGAAUCGACUGUGUGUCUGAGGGCAUAAACAUACUCAUAGGGAAAAAUGGAACAGGAAAGUCAAGCAUUUUGAGCGCAAUCCGGUUUGUUAUUGAUGCACACCAGAGAGUCGGGCCUUUAGAAAGAAGAAUAUUCGUAAAUGAAAACAGCAGCGAGCUAAUGGCAUACGUAGAAAUAGAAUUCUCAAACAGCAACAAAGCCUUUCCAGCAGGAGAACAUGUGGUUAUAAGACGAACAAUUACCCAGAAAUCUGAUGAGUACACAGUAGAUGGCCGCAGCGUGUCCAGGGAAGAGAUGAUAUCCCUAUACGAAACAGCAGGAAUUUCAAAAACCAUGCCGUACUUUGUGGUGGAGCAGGGUAAGAUAGGGGAGCUUGCCCAGAUGAACGGCCGCGCACGAAUGCACCUUAUCCGGGAGCUUGCAGGGUCUACGGUAUAUGAAAAGGACAAAGAAGAAAUUCAGAAGGUUCUAAAUGAGUCAGAGACAAUUGGGCAGAGAAUAGAAGAGCUGGUGAAGACUAUUGAGAGAAGAGUUGAGGCAAUAAAAACAGACAAGCUGCGCGCAGAAAAAAGGAAUGAAAUGGAAAAAACAAAGGAAAUACUGAUCCACGAGAUUUACAAGAGAGAGCUGAAUAAAAUAAGAAUAAAGCUAGAGUCGCUGAUUACCGAAGAAACCAGCCAAAUGGAAGACACAAAUGAUCUAACAGAGGAUGCUCUCAGAAUGCAGCUGGAGGAGCUACUGGCAUCUAUUCAUGCUAUUGUAAUUGAUCCUUCGCUAGAAAAUCAGAUCGCUCUUAAUGCAAACACACUAGACACUCUGCAGAAAAAAAGAGAGGAGCUGGAGGCCUUUUUAAAGGAGCAAGAAAGAACAGCAAGCGCACUGCAUGCAGAAAUAAAGCGGCUAGAGCGGAUUCAGGAGAGCAGUAAGACAAUCCUUCCAGAAAUCAACAUACUGCGCAUGCGAGGGCCCCAGGCAGUGGAAAAAAAGCUCAAUGAACUAAAGAGCAUGGAAGAGCAGGAUGUUUUAUCAAGCUCCCAAAACAAAGAAGACCUUUUAGAAAGAAAGAGAGCCAUCUGGAAGAAAGAAAAAGAGCACAGCAAAAAGAUGAAAACCGUCGAAUAUGAGAUGAAAGAGGCUGAGCGGGCAUUUUUGUCUUCGCAAAGAGCCUUCUCUCUGGGAGAUGAAGUGCGGAAUAUCAAGGGCGUUAUUGGAUAUGUCUAUGACUUAGUGACCAUUCCAAAAGAAAUACUUUUUGCAGUUUCAAGUGCUCUUCCAAACUAUUUGACUACUAUUGUUACAGAAAGCGUUGAGGAUGCAAUUAGCCUUGUACGAACCCACCAUAUAGAACAGCGCGUAAUAUCUAUUCAGGCAGCAUCUAAUAGCACGUAUAAACCCGCGGUCCCCCUUCCUUCUCUUGCUCAGUAUAUAUCCUCAUCUGAAAAGCACGCAUCGCUGGUUGAUAGGCUUUUUGGGCGGAUCUAUUUCGUGUCAGACUUUGAGACCGCAAGGGCUGCAUCAAAGCUGCAUUGGGUAGCUGUAAUAACUGCUGCUGGCGAGUACUUUGGGUCCUCGGGAACCAUUACAGGAGGAAACGACAAGUCUUCAUAUCUUUUUAAGGCAUAUACAGCAGAUAAAGCAAGGUACAGGAGUAUUUUAGAGGAAAACGCAGAGAUACAAGCACAGAAGAGAAAAAUCUCUGAGGAGUAUAAUAGAACCACACCAGAGAGUGCGCUAAGUGCUCCAGGGUAUUUUGAAGAUGCGAUCUUUCUUUUAGAAAAUGAAGCAGGUGAUAUAGAAGUAGAGCUUCUGCAAAAGAAAACAGACUUAGAAAGAAUCUCAGCGCAGGACACGCAAAAAGAGAUAGAAAAUUGCCACAGACUAGAAGCAGCUAUUAAAAAGCACAGAGAAAGAACAUCUCUGGAAGAAGCCGCCCAGAUGAUAGAGCAGAGGCUGUAUAAGUGCGCAGGAUCCCCUGAGUGGAAAGAAAGAGCAGCAGAGAAGUUACGGCUAGAAAGCAAGUUUAGGAGAAUUCAGAAAAGGAUUCUUUCUUUAAACGUAGAAAGCAGAGAGGAAAUAGCAGUAAAUAAUAUCACAAUAGACAUACAGCGCUCUUCUAAGGAAGAACUAGUCCAAGCACUUUCUAUUAUUAAGAAAGACCUAUCUGAAAGUGUUUCUUUAUCAGAAGGAUCGGAUACUGUUCUGCACGACUAUAACAAGACACUUGCCAAGCUAGAAGAGCUCUCGCACGCGAAAGAGAAAAUUCUUGAGAUGCAGGCCCACCUGGAGGCAAAAAAAGAGCAGGUUAUAAACAUAACAAUAUUCCAAGUAAAGUCUAAUUUUGAGUACUUUUUCAGAAAGCUAACAGGAGGAACUGCUUGUAUGUCAGCAGAACAGCCGGAAGCCCUUGAAAUAGAUGUGUCCUUUGCAGGAGAGCCCAUGGUCAAGUCUGAUGAGCUCAGCGGUGGCCAAAAGACAGUUAUUGCACUCUGUAUGAUACUUGCUGUGCAAAGAAUAUACGAGGCCCCGUUCUAUCUAAUGGAUGAAUUUGAUGCAAAUUUAGAUACGCAGGUGCUUAUGAACAUCAUCAACAGCCGGGUGUUUGAAAACAAGCAGCUGUUCAUAUGCACGUUCAGAGGGGAAACACUCGGUGCAGGAAAUAAGUUUUUCUGUAUAAAAGAUUCUUCCAUAUCUGACAUAUCGCUUGAAUCUGCUCAAGACCAACUCUGCGCAUUUAUGCCAUAGUAUUCUAAGGGAUGUAACAUUGCCUAUUAAGU